GGAUCCCUCCUCCUCUACUUCCCCGUGUUCAUCCUGUACUUCAAGCCGAGCAUCUUCCGCUGCAUCGUCCUGCGCUGGGUGCGGAUGCUCGGCUUCGCCACCGUCUACGGCACCAUCACCCUCAAGCUGUACAGGGUGCUGAAGGUGUUCCUGUCCCGCUCGGCCCAGCGGGCGCCCUACGUGUCGAGCGGGCGGGUGCUGAAGUUGCUGGCGCCCAUCCUGCUCCUGGUGCUGUGGUUCCUGGCGGCCUGGACCAUCGGCAUGCUGGAGAACGUCAACAAGAACAUCCCGCUGGUGAUCCGCACCCAGACCGCCCACGGGCUCCACUUCUACAUCUGCGGCCACGACUGCUGGGACUACAUGAUGGUCAUCGUGGAGGAUGAGCCACGUCCUAGAACAGAAAUCUGCCCCUGGGAAGAGGUUGCAGCUCCAGCAGGGAAGGAGGGAUUGAGGCAGGACACCUCCAAAAGGGAAGGCAAGCCAGGAUCCAGAGGAGUGGGAGAUACUAAAGCAAGGCCGGGCGGCCGCCGGGAACAGCGCGGGGACACCGGGAUGUUUGCAGAGCUCGUCAGGAAAAGCCUGGAAAAAGCUGAGUCCAAGAAAUCCCAGAGUAUGGAGAGCAUAAAGGAGGAGAUCUGUCCCUGGGAGAGCCUGGGCACCGAGAAGCCCCCGGAACAACCCCCUGCCAGGAGCACAGCUCUGCCCAAAUCACCUUCGGGGAAAUCCCAGAGCACAGAGAGCCUGAAGGCAGAGAUCUGUCCUUGGGAGGCUCAGGAGCCCAAAUCCAGUGACAAAGCCAACGUCUGUCCCUGGGAAGGGGCUGAACCUCCAUCAGGUAAAGAGAAACUCAGACCAUCCACUGUGAGCAAAAGCCCUUCUGCAAGUCAAGGUCUCCUGAAAGAAACUGGAGUUGGUGCAUCUGGAAAGGAGGAGAAAGCAAAGAGAGACCGUGAGUCCGUCUGUCCCUGGGAGAGCCUGGACAUGGAGCAGCCACAGGCCAAACCCCACACUGGGAGCAGAGAGCCAUCAAAGAAAUCAGUAGAGAUCUGUCCCUGGGAGGAUCAGGAGCCCAAAUCCAGUGACAAAGCUGAAAUCUGUCCCUGGGAGAGCACGGAGCAGCCCCUGGGCAAAGCCCGUGCAGGGAGCACAGAACCUUCCAAGAAAUCCCAGAGCACGGAGAGCCUGAAGGCAGAGAUCUGUCCUUGGGAGGAUCAGGAGCCCAAAUCCAGUGACAAAGCUGAAAUCUGUCCCUGGGAAGGGGUUGAACCUCCCUCCCAGCAGCCAAAGGCAAAGCAGGGUUCCCAGGGGGGCUCCAGGGGGGACAAGCGCAUCACGCGCCAGGCAGCGCUGGCCAGCCCGGAGAGAUCCCCAGGGAAGGGCAGCAGGGACAGGGAGGCUGUGUGUCCCUGGGAGAGCCUGGGCACACAGGAACCCUCAGGAACAUCCCAUGUCAUGGGCACGGGGCUGCCCAAGUCAGCUUCGGGGAAAUCCCAGAGCGUGGAGAGCCUGAAGGCAGAGAUCUGUCCUUGGGAGGGUCAGGAGCCCAAAUCCAGUGACAGAGCAGAAAUCUGUCCCUGGGAGGGGGCUGAAGCUCAGCUGGACAAAGGAGCAGCCCCAGGGAAGGACAGAGUCCCACCAAAGUCCUCCAAACCUGUGGAGAAGGGGAGCAGAGACCGUGAGUCCGUCUGUCCCUGGGAGAGCAUGGACACGGAGGAUCUCUCCCUGAAAACUGCAAUGGAGAAGGAGCCAUCCAAGAAAUCCGACAGCACGGAGAGCAGGAAAUCCGAAAUCUGCCCCUGGGAAGCAGCAGAGCCCACGGGGUGGGAGAAGGAAAGCUCCAAAGCAGGUGUGCACCCACGGGGAGCUGACAGAACAUCCCAGCCUGGGAUGGGAAAGCCAAAGCCGGUGGCAGGAGCCAGUGCUGGGUCUCCAACUGCCCUGCUGGAAAAAUCCAAGGGCAGCUCUGAUGGGGAGGCCAAGCACAAGCCCCUGUGCCGGCUCCUGCCCGGCAUCCAGCCCCCAGGGACGGGCAGCAGCCCCAGCCCUGGCACUGGCCUGGCUGAGGUUUGUCCCUGGGAAGCAGAAGAGGCUCCAUCAACACCUGCCAAGCCCAGCACAGACACAAGGAAAAGCUCGGAGGUGUGUCCCUGGGAGGAGGAGAGUGUGGAUCCCACCCCGACCCACCACGGCCAGGGCAGAGCCAGGGGGACCCCCCGGGAUGGGGAGGGGGGUGAGAGGGAAACCCAGCCCGAGGUGUGCCCGUGGGAUCACCAGUAGCCCCAUCCCUAAAUCCCAGUGCAGAUGUGGUUUUUGGGGAGGGAAAGGCUGGGGCUGGAGGCUGCUCCCACCUGCAGAGCCCCCAUGCUUGGCCCGAGGUCUUUGCUGGUCCAACACCAACGUCAGGACGUGUAAAUACAGCA